CUGCCACCUGACACAGAACGCAAACUUCAACAAUAUUCCAACGAUUCCAUAUUUUUCCAAUAAAACUGGAAUAUUGUAUUUUUUUAUAUCCCGUGUGUGUUCGCUCGAAUUAAUUUGAGAAUUUAACUUUCUGACUAAAAAUAACUUUUGUAACAUUUUACUAGCAGCUUCUCCACGAGUUUUUCUCAUGCUUUAAAAAAUUAGGCUAAAUUUAAUAAUUGCAGGUAUGUAUGAACCAAUCCGAGCGGUCCCAAAUGAAAAUGAACCUUCCUGCUGCUUUGCGGUGAUUGGCACAAGCAGGUAGCCACGCCCCUUAGUAUAAUAACCCAGGUUCCUGAGCAACCAGGUGGUAAAAAGAGGUCAAACUCCCUGGAAUGUGACGGAAGUUCGUAGCUGAGAUGGAUGGGGGUGUAUCGAUCGUGUACAAUCCGCUGAGAGGUUCCUCUGACGGCCUCAUCAGACGUCUGCUCGCUUCGUGGUUUGAUUCCGUCUCCACCUGUUUCACGCAGGACGCGGACAAACUCUGCGUCCCCGCGGGUCUCACCCUGCUCUCUGCGCUCCUGUUGCUGCUGUCGCACCUGCUAAUUAUUUGUCAGAGGUGCAGAUUUCCAGGUGAAUAUUCAGGAGAAGCAUCCAUGAUCAUCUACAGCUUUCUGGGUAACUUGUGCAGCUCAGUUGGAGCCACGCUUUCCACACAGCUGCACAUACUGGUUUUCAUGUCUGCGUUUGCAGCUUUGAUGGAUUCUGUGAGCAGCAUUUUGUGCUGCCUUCCUGUGUUCUUGUGCUGGAACUCAAACACACAGAGGAGGCUCAGGAUGAUCAAGAAGCGCAGGAGGCAGCAUCUUCUGGCUGUGGGGGUGCUGAUGGUGGUUGCAGGAGGAUUUCUCAAGUCCAGAGAUGCUGAACCUGCAGCUUACGGGCCAGAGAGUAGGAGGCUUCUGCAUGUUGGUCACAUGCAAAUCUCUAGCUGGACUCCUUCACUGGAUUACAGUGACAUCCUUGGUUACACUUUGGGGAUGCUGUCCCUCAUCAUCAACUGUACCUCCAGGUUCCCCGCUCUCUGCAGAGCAGCAAGAGGGCAGAGCUUCACUCAGACCUACAUUUUCUCUGGCGUGCUCUGCUCUCUGUCUGGUGCCGUCUACGCUGCAGCCAUCCUCCUCUGUGACGCUCGGCUGAAGUUUCUCAUCAGGGUUCUUCCAUGGCUCCUGUCAUCGACCAGCUGUGCUGGCCUGGAUUUGCUUAUUUUAUUCCUCCACUGGUGCAGGAGAGGAACCAGGCAGACGAAGGUCAAAAUUUCACCCGACACAGAGAGCCUUUUAGGGAGCUCAGGAGACGAUGCUGAGGAGACUGUUGUCAAGAAGCAACAGACGAAACAGAAGUUCCCCUCAUCAGGGCAAACGCGUUCACCCUUUUCAUCAAAGCAUCUGCAGAAGAUGACGGAGAUGGGGCGCUACAUGGAUGUCCGUGAUCAACCUGCAAAAAAAAAAAUGACCCUUAAAGAAGGAUCUGAGGCCACACCUCUCCAGAGGAAAGCUAGAGCAAUUGAAGUGGACAGUCUUUGCUCCUCGGAUACGUCCUACGGCUCCUCGCCCAUCAGCUCUGAUCUAGAGUGGGACUGUGAAGCUGCAAUUUCGCAGUGGAAUAAACCGGCAGGAAAACCACGAGACGGCAACGAGUUCCCCCUUCAGGACUGCCCGACUAAAUCCAAACCGUUCAGGGUCUGCGUUUGCUCCAUGUCUGAGCUCCCAAAGAAAACUGUGUGUGCAGCAAACAAGGGAGGCUCUGCUGUGAGCUGAACUCAUCUGUUCCAGCAAAUUUGGGAUUAUUAAAGAAAAGCAAAUAUUGA